AGAGAGAGAGAGAGCUGGGCGGGGAAGGAGUUGCUCCUACUGGCCUUGAGAAAGCCCCACAUAGCGGACUCGCAGCUGAUCGCUGAAGCAUCGCUCCUUUUUCACUCUAAAGCCAAAAUGUCCUCUUUAUCGGGGAAAGAGAGCAGCGCUCAGCACGCCUCCUACGUGGGACCAUACCGGCUGGAGAAGACGCUGGGCAAAGGACAGACAGGAUUGGUGAAGUUGGGGGUUCACUGUGUCACGUGUCAGAAAGUCGCCAUAAAGAUCGUGAACCGGGAAAAACUUAGCGAAUCAGUAUUGAUGAAGGUUGAGCGGGAAAUAGCGAUCCUGAAGCUCAUAGAACAUCCUCACGUAUUGAAGUUGCACGAUGUGUAUGAAAAUAAGAAAUAUUUAUAUUUGGUUCUAGAGCACGUGUCCGGGGGCGAGCUUUUUGACUACCUGGUAAAGAAGGGCAGAUUAACACCCAAAGAGGCCAGGAAGUUCUUCAGACAGAUCAUCUCAGCACUGGACUUCUGUCACAGUCACUCUAUAUGCCAUAGAGACCUGAAGCCAGAGAACCUGCUGUUGGAUGAGAAGAACAACAUCAGAAUAGCAGACUUUGGAAUGGCUUCUCUGCAGGUUGGAGACAGUCUCUUGGAAACUAGCUGUGGAUCUCCUCACUACGCCUGCCCAGAGGUGAUCAGGGGAGAGAAGUAUGAUGGCAGGAAAGCAGAUGUUUGGAGCUGUGGGGUCAUCCUCUUUGCACUUUUAGUGGGUGCUCUGCCGUUCGACGACGACAACCUGAGGAAUCUGCUGGAGAAGGUGAAGCUGGGAGUGUUCCAUAUGCCUCACUUUAUCCCUCCUGACUGCCAGAACCUUCUGAGGGGAAUGAUCGAAGUGAACGCAGCUAAAAGACUCACGUUAGAACAGAUACAGAAGCAUACAUGGUACAUCGGAGGGAAGAACGAGCCGGAGCCGGAGCAGCCUGUUCCUCGGAAAGUGGCGAUCCGCACACUGCCCUCGGCUGAAGACAUCGACCCAGACGUGCUGGAGAGCAUGCACUCUCUCGGCUGCUUCCGGGACAAGAACAAACUGAUGAAAGACCUGCUGUCCGACGAUGACAACCAGGAGAAAAUGAUCUACUUCCUGCUGCUGGACCGUAAGGAGAGGUAUCCCAGCCAUGAAGACCAGAACCUUCCUCCACGAAAUGAGAUUGACCCUCCAAGGAAGCGGGUGGACUCUCCUCUGCUGACCAGACACAAUAAGAGGAGACCGGAGCGUAAGUCCAUGGAGGUACUGAGCGUAACUGAGGGAGGAUCUCCUGUACCUGUACGACGAGCUAUCGACAUGAACCAGCACGGACAGAGUAAAUCAGUUUUCAGUAAAAGCCUGGAUAUUUCUGAUGCCAACCACAAAGUGCAAAGCAAAGAAGAAAGGUCACGGUCCAUCAGUGGUGCUUCAUCUGGUCUGUCCACCAGCCCCCUCAGCAGUCCUCGGCCUGUGAGACGCUUUUUCAUUCCCCCGCAAUCCUCGGAGCUCAUGCGGUCACCCAACCACAACCCACGGCUCAAUGGCACCUUCCAGCCAGGCACGGGGGCGCAAAACUCAGCACAAAACAACAAAACUCAGACGCUCCCAGCUAAGCCCAAAGGGUCAGAAAAGCCCCUGCAGAGCACUAGAUCAAACCCGCUUCCAAACACCGUGGCCACACCGCUGACUGCCAAGUCUGAGCCAUCCACACCAUCCACGCCAUGUCACCCCACCUCCCCAGCCAUCCCCGUGCCCAACAGCCCGAAGGUGCGCCGGCCGCCCCUGACUGUGCCCCCCAAGCUUUCAGUGCAGGCUCCACCUCUCUCUCCCAUCCGCCUGCACCACCUGCACCCGCUGGCCACAACUGACCACAACGGCAAAUGUAUCCCCACUGUACAGGUGACUCCUCACCCCUCACCCCGCGCCAGCCCCUUGCCAACGCCCAAAGGGACACCCGUGCACACGCCCAAGGAGAGUCCAGCAGGUACGCCGAGUCCCACACCACCCCCAAGUCCCUCUAUUGGGGGCAUGCCCUGGAGGACGCGACUCAACUCCAUCAAGAACAGCUUCCUCGGCUCACCGCGCUUCCACCGCAGGAAACUGCAAGUACCAACCCAAGAGGAAAUGUCCAGUCUGACGCCGGAGUCUUCCCCUGAACUUGCGAAAAAAUCUUGGUUUGGGAAUUUCAUCAAUUUGGAGAAAGAGGAGCAGAUCUUCGUGGUGAUCCAGGACAAACCCCUGAGCUCGAUCAAAGCUGAUAUCGUGCAGGCCUUUCUCUCAAUUCCCAGCCUCAGCCACAGCGUGGUUUCUCAGACGAGUUUUCGGGCAGAAUACAAGUCAACAGCCGGCCCCGCCGUCUUCCAGAAGCCUGUGAAAUUUCAGGUGGACAUCACCUACACGGAGAGCACAUCAGCCACCAAGGAGAACGGCAUCUACUCUGUCACCUUCACCCUGCUCUCAGGUCCCAGCCGACGCUUCAAACGAGUUGUGGAGACGAUUCAGGCUCAGUUGUUAAGUACACACGACCAGCCGGCCGUCCAGCAGCUGUCUGGCAGCCCGUUGACUAGCUUCUUUGACGUAAUUAAACAGCUCUUUUCAGACGAGAAGUCCGGGCAGGCGUCGCAGCCCCCCGGCACGCCCAAGCACGGCGCCAGCGCCAAGAAACACGAGUCCGACUCUAAUGCCUCCAAGAGCAAAGACAAACCCAAGGUGGCAUCUUCAGUCGGGACACAGGAGCAGCCUUAAACCCAGGAGUGUUAGUAGAUGACUAGAUUUUUCUAGUCCGCUCAUUAAUUUCUGAAUAAAUCUCAACAAAGCUUUUGACUCGAAUAAAAGUCAAUCAAUAAACUUUUGUACCUCGGGAUGAUUCCUGCAGCCGAACGUCGACACGAGGCACACCCGGAUGCCCUUUUGUUUUUGUUUUUUCCCCCCAGAAUGUCUAAUUACUCUCUUGCAUUGCAUUUCAUGUUUUUUCUUGUGUCUUUCUGUUCCAUUCUUGUGAUGCCUUUUGCACAUUUCUGCUGCCAGGAAUUAUCCAGAAAACGUGUUAGAACCCGACUGCUGCUCUCGCAUGAGCUUCGUGUACAGUAUGUUGAUGAUGGAAGGCACAUUACACAGCAAGUACAAGCUACGGAUGGAUGCUCCUCAACACCGCUUCACGGAAACCUCCGAGAUUCAUUCACCCUUCACCUUCUUCCCUCAGAGCCACAGCCUUCUGAAAAAUUGACAAACGCCUUAAAAAAUCCAAUCUACAAAUGUUCCUGGUCCUUUUUUCAUAUUCCUUUAACUCUAAUCUAAUCUCCUGGCAAUUGUUUAUCCCCUACACACACACACACACACACACACACCCCAGAUAAGGAAGAAGCAGCCAGUGAAGUGGUUGGAGGAGCAGCCCACACAGACUCUCGUUGGAUUGUAAUUCUUUUUCGAUGUAGUGUUUCUUUAUGAAUGAACAGAAUUGAACUAUUUUAUGAACUCUGUGUCAUUGCUGUACAAGAUUUUCAAAUCUUAUUGGGAAAAUAAAUAUGGCCGAGCCUAUUCCCGGGGUGCUUUUGGGAUGGGAUGCGAAGGGGGAAAUGUUUCACUAAAUGCUCUAUUCUGGUGUACAGCCUGUAUAUGUUCAUUACGUAAUCCUCGUCUAGUUGUGACUCCGCUUGGACCGAUUGUGUUGCUAAUUAUUUCCUUUCCUCCAUGUAGUAGUGAUGAAAUCUUUUUUUUUUUUUUUUUUUUGUCACCUUCGAAUGAGACGAUGCAUACUGAUUUACUUUUGAUGUCAAUUUUGCAUUUUUGAGGCAAAAAAAAAAAACAUUUUGGAGAAGCAUCUGCAGGAUUCAGAGAACUUUGGCCAUAAUUGUGUGUAAUUUUAUAACUUAUUUAUCAUUGUGUUUUUAUUUGUUCUUGUUCUUGUUAAUUUAUGCAGCUGGGACUAUUUAUAAACCAAAAUUUGGGUAGUUUAGUGUUCGUAUCAGAGCUAUUUGUCAAAUUGUUUGCAAUUUUUUUUUUUUUUUUCCCCCGUCUUUUGUUGUUUGUUAGGAUUCAUCUGGAUUUUGUGAACAAAGCACUCUUUCUUUUCUGGCUUUGAGCAGAAAAAGAGCUUGUAGUAUAUGUUAAAUUAUUUACCAGUAAUUUAAGAAUGUAGACUUAGCCUCUACGCGGGAUGGGGCGGGUAUAACGUUAUGAACUCUUGCUAUUUGUCACUUUUUAAAUCUCAUAGUGUGUGUACAAACAGGUCGAAACACUUGAACCAUGUGAUGUAAAUAGAUAACUUUGCCAAUGAGUUUCUUAAAGGCACCAAGGGGAUCGUCCUGCUCAUGGCUGUGUUCUCGUAUUUGCCGUUUGCAUGUCAGACAUCCAGCUUUUCUCUGCAUGAUGAUGAUGUAUAUGUUCAAUUUGCCCUCUCUUGUGCCCCCCCACCACCUUUUCCCCAUUUUUUUUUUUUUUUUUUUUUUUUUAUCAGAAAGACUGAAUUGUUUUUUUUUUUCCCCUUCACUUUUGUUUUAAUGUUUUCUUCUGUUCACGUCUCACUCCCUGCUUGUCCUUUAAUAUUUUUUGGUUCUGUAUGGUUUUCGCUGAGAGGGUGUGCUGAUGUCAUAACCCACCUUGUUGCAGGUGCAUAUCCACAACACGGCAGAAUUCAGAUAAAGAGAAAUAAACUAAGCAAUACCUAUUCUUAUCCUUCCUAUUUUCUACUUGGAGUGAGAAGAUAAGCUGGAAUAACAGAUUGAUUUAACAUGAGCAGGUAAAAAAACCCCACAAUGUAUCCCCUUGUAACUACUGUGAAUGAAUUCAGUGCAAAA